AUGCUCAAAUUUUCCACGGCAAUUGCCAUUCUCAAUGGCCUCGCAUCCCUAAGCCAAGCUCAAAAGACCGACAAUGGGACCUUGAUCCUCUGUGACUGUGGCAUCGGUGACAACAAAGAUCAUCUAUCAUGGUCAACCUCUCGCCAGAUGAACUGGUACAAGUCACUUGUCUGGCCUGAUUCGGCCAACAAAUACCCCGCAGCACCCGAGAUGGCUGUCGAGGUUCCCUUUGGCAAUGGCGUGUAUCCCUGGAACCCAACUGGAGCUACCGAGACAAUGCCCAACGGCGAUGUCUGGAGCGUCUACGUCGAAGAGCAGACUCCCGAGGGUUUCAAGGCUGGCAAUGCUGUCCACAAGGAUGGCGAGACGUUAAACUGCUGGUCGUAUCACGGAAGACCUAUCAGUGCCGCCCUCAACAAAACGGUCAACCACGAUGCACUUUGCUGGUCUGCCUUUGUUUGUGACAACAACAACUCCUCACCUGAUCGUCCCUCUGACAUGACUCCCACUUCGACUGCCCCAUCUACCACUAUCCCAAGCACAACCGACUUUACCCAGCAGCCUGCUCCCACAGAAUCCUCCGCUAGCAGAAUGCUCAGCGUUGAUGCUGCUCUGAGCCCUCGAUUCAUCAACUGGCCCAACAACUGGGACACUUUCAUCAACAAUUUCGUUUGGGAUCAGAUCACUGGCAAUUGUGUUGGCGGCCCAUUCCGUGGUGAUGGAUACACCAUGACUUUCGAGUGCUCUGGUAUUCAGAUUGACUCGGACACGCACAUGACUCUCCAGCUUAUCAAGGCCCUACGAGAUGUUGGUGCGAACAGCCUCUGGUUCAACCAGAAUCCCAUCAUCCCCGGCACUAAUGUCUCGACAAACGGAACUAUGCCGACGACCCCCAGCUGGGUUGUCAUGCCCGAGUCACUGUCUCUCACUGCAACAGAUGUUGCUGCUCAAAAAGUGCUUGGCCGCCUGUCAUAUACUACCAAGUACGACACCUUCCUUGCGAACCCAUGCUCGUCUUGCGAGACUACUAGAUUCGAUGCUACCUUUUUUGAUCCCAUCCUGGAGGCCAUGAAGGGAACUUUCCCAGACUACAACAAUUACCACGUCCAAGCUGUUUGUGACCCGUGGGUCGUUUGCUAUUGA